AUGCUUGUGAAUGUGCUCCAACAUUCUCCUAAACUACAAGCCUUCAAGCCUCUCCUGGAGCAUUGGAUUCUUGUGGAUCGUAAUGUUCGUUGGAUGCAACCAAGGCAUGUUCCUGAAUGUAUGUUGUUACAUCUCAAAACUUUUGAGUGGAGUGACUAUGAAGGCACAAAAGUUGAGAAAGAAGUGGCGGUUUAUAUUUUGAACAAUGCGAGGCAGUUAGUGAGUGCAACUAUCUAUCCUUCCUCAGUCAGCUUCGUACGCAAACAUCAGAUGUUUGAGGAAGUGGAAAUUGCAACCAGAAGUUUAAGAGCAUGCGAGCUUACAAUGGGGUGA